GCAGCAACUGAAUGGCUUGGAUCCUGGGGACCUGUUGGUGAUUGGAUCGCCCAAAACGGAUCCUGCUCAGUCAGCUGCCUCGAAGUCCGCUGCGUCCGUGGUCUCCGAAAGUGCCACGACGUCGCCGCAGGCGUCCGCGCGACCCGCGCGAUCUCAACAGUUGGCUUCUCCCAAAACCCUGGCGGAUUAUUUGAAGCCCUUCCGCCGCUUCGCGGACGCAGAGGUGCAGGUGGACGGCGGAGAUGAAGGACGACUGCGACAAGACCUCGAGGCGGCGCUGGAGCUCAACCAACAGCUGGAGGAGGUCCUUCGGGAGAAGUCGCGGGCGUCCCAAGAGGCCGAGGCCAAAGCCGCGGCGGCGCUGGAGCUCAACCAACAGCUGGAGGAGGUCCUUCGGCAGAAGUCGCGGGCGUCCCAAGAGGCCGAGGACUUGCGUCGAGUGGCUGAAAUCUCCGAAGCCGAGCGAGAAAAGCACCAGAAACUGGAACAGGACUUGCGCGAAGCCUCUGAAACCAGGGAGGCUGAACAGAAGCAUCAGCAUCAGCUGGAAAAAGCGCUGCAGGACGCCGAGAUCCAGGCGCAGAAGGAGCACCGCAGCUGGCACCGCGAGCGACAGCGCUGCGAAAAGCUGCAGGAGGAGCUGAAGAUCAGCACCUCUGAAGCUGCUGAAGCAACAGCCAAGGUGAAGAAACUUGAAAGCACCAUGGCCACAAGCGAGGCGAACCGCAAUGAUCUGCGCGAAACUGUGGAGAUCUUGAAAUCCGAAUGUACGCAGGAGCUGGCUUCUCGGAGAACAACGGCCAAGGAUCUACAACUUUCACAGGAGAAGUUGCAGGCCCUGUCCGUCCUCACGGAUCAGCUGCGUUCCGAAGUUCAGGAGGCGCGCCGGAGCCUCAAGGGCUCGACAGCUCCGACGGCCGCGGCGUCCGCGGAGCCGGUGACGGUGUGCUACGAGCCCAUUGCGGUCACAGAGCAGGCGCUGAGGAUUCAAGCCACGGAACUCAAGCGCAGUUUGUCGCAACCACAUUUGCCACGGCGAAUGAAUGGGAUUGCGCCACAGCGGCCACAGUUGCAUCAAGCGGAUCAAAGUGGAUCGAGGAGUCAUCCUCAAUCGGAGAUGCCAAAGAUAUCCACUUCAGCAGGAAGAAAUGGUCAAGUGAAAUGGAAUCCUGGAAAUUCUCAAUCAGAAUCUGGCAGAUCUCAAUUUCCGUCCAUCCCGUUAAGCUUUGAGACCUUGCGCGCGGAGAUCGCUGCAGCUGCUGCACAUCGGCGCCGCGUCUGGGGCGGGACUGGGGCUCGGGCCCCACGACAGCUGUCUGUGACGGUGGAGUCGUCGUCGGAGGAGGACAUCGCUGGGUUUCGGUGGAAAAAGAUGCGGCUUUCACCGUGA